AUGCGCUGGCUUGAAUUGGUUUUAAUGCUGCUUGUUUUGAAACAUAUAACUACAACAGGCAAAAUAAGUGGAUUACAAUAUGUGACACAACUAUUAAGAAGAAUUUUAAAAAAUCCGGCCCGUAACAAAUCUGGAAUGAAACCUCAACGCGUACAAUUACUAUUACUGACCGAUAUGAGUUCUGAAACUUCUUGUGACGCUUGGAUGUCUACUCUCGAACGGACCAAGACAUCGAUCAAUAACUAG